AUCGAUAGCCAGACUUUACUAGUUUCGAUCAGAAUAGAUCGUAAUUGGACAGAGCUAGCCGUCGGAUUUCUGCUUCCAAGUUCUUACAAUUUUCCGGUCAGCAUCGGCUCGUAUUUCAUUACAUAGAAAUUGUGCUUUAGGACAGCUUUUCUAUAUAAAAAGUGUUAUGAAUUAAUAUGAAACAAUGAUCAUUACAAACUCUUAUUUAUUUCCAAUGACUAUUGUAGUUUUAGUUGAAUUAAUUUUUUGUAAAUUCUUUGUAUUAUUUAGAUGUGUCAUUAAAAACAAAGGUUAGUAUGAUUUAUGUUUAUUAGUCUAUGGAUUUCAUUCAUAAUCAUUUUACUGUAUUUUUUAUCUGUUUUUAAAGUACAAAAAAAAUGUUUAUUGAUACAAGAGUUUGUCCAUAAAAACAAUCUAUUAGUUUCUACUCAGGUCAAGAAAUACGCGCCAUUUCCAGCCAAAAAACUCGAGAAAAUGGUAGAAACUUCUUACCAUUUUACCGAGUUUUUCUGUCGAAAUUCUUUUAAAUAAGUAGAGUGAAACAUGAAUAACUGAUCUCUUUAAUUAAUUGAGCUUUUGUUUGAGAUGGUAUGAGAAUUCGAUGGAGAAAAACUAUUAAUCAAAAAAAGUCUGAUCAUUCAAUAUUUGAAAAAAAAACUUAAUUUUGAUUAUGAAUUUUGUUUUUGUUUAGGUAACAAGAAAAGCUCUAAUAGAUAUCGUACAUAAAUUAAUGAUUCAUAUGGAUAAAUCUGAAGGAUCACAUUAUCGAGAUGAACUACUUUCAAAAAUAAUUGAAAUAUGUAGUCAAAAUGAUUAUUAA